GGUAUGAGAAGUUGAUUCUGUGAUCGCAGUUCAAGUGGGGGGAAAAUUGACGUCGUGCUUUUGUUUGCAGUAUUUCGUGUUGUAUACCUUGUAUACAGCACUUCGUAUUGGAAGUCUUGGAACGUGGGAGGAUACACGCCAGAUUGUUAACUUUUCGCUUGCCUGGAAAGUCUAGUACAACAUCUGUAGCCAAUAUCGGUUCCAGUACAAGUUACAUUCAUGUCCAACGUAUAAGAAUCUAAUGCGUCUGUUGUUUUUUUAGAAUUGUAAUGUAAAGUACUAAGACAUGGCAAGAAUUCAGAAGGAAGCCAUUGCCAUCAUUCUUGAUGUUGGACAUUCUGUCUCACAGGACAGAAAAAAUAUGAAAUCAGGGUUUUUAGAAAAUUCAAAGAAGUGUGUGUCCAUGAUACUGAAAAGAAAGAUUUUUGCCAACUUAAAGGAUGAAGUGACAUUGAUACUUCUGGGUUCUGACGAAACACAGAAUAGUUUAAAUUAUAAGAACAUCAGUGUUACCCAUUCAUUGGCCCUUUCAUCUUGGGAGAUGGUGCAGUUCGUAGAAGACUUAACAGGGACCAUGGUGAAUGCUGAUUGGCUUGAUGCCAUAGUUGUGGCAAUGAAUGUUUUGAAAGAAGAAACUGAAGGAAAGAAGUUUUCUGAGAGAAAAGUGGUGCUGCUGUCCAAUCUUUGCUGCACUGUGUCAGAAGAUCACAUAGAUGUCAUUGUUAAGGCUUUGAAGAGUGAAGAACUGAGUCUGAUAGUGAUAGGACCAGAUAUAAACCUUAAUGUCAAGCACGAAGCCAUAGAUGAUGAUGAUGAUAAAACAAAGUGUUGGACUAAUGGUACUGAUGCUGAGAAAUCGAAAACUAAACAACAAUUAGUUGGAGAAUCAUUGUUGAGUCACAUACUUAAAGAGACAGGUGGUGUCAUCUGUAGUUUUGCUGAUGCUGUACCACAGUUAAUGCACUUCCUAAAGAAGAAUGUUCAUCCUACACCAUGGAAUGUUGUGAUGGACAUUGGACCAGACAUCAGAAUAGCUGUGUCAGGUUAUCGAAAGAUAACUCCGGCUACGUUAUCUUCUUGGAAAACUACAUCCGCUGUAGAGGAAGGAGCCCGAGUUGAGUCUGAAACAUCAUACAUCAGACAAGAUGAAAAUCAGACAGUUAUUGACAAGGAAGAUGUCAUAGAAGGAUUCAGCUUUGGUUCCACCCUGGUGCCCUUCUCAGCUGUUGACAAAUCCAUGAUGAGUUACCAGUCUGGAGACAAGUGUCUCAGCAUUCUGGGUUUCACUAAGCUGAAAAAUGUUCCAAGACAUCUGUUUGUGGGAAAGGGUGUCCUGUACAUUAUGGCUCAGAAGGGAGACAGUUCGGCAGAAGUUGCUCUCUCCUCCCUCAUUCACGCCUUGAACGAUGAAGGGCUGGUUGCCAUAGCGAGAAAAGUAUACCGUGUCAACACAGCUGCUGUUCUUGGUGCUCUUUUUCCAAGAGUAUCAUCUAAAUAUGAGUGUCUGGUAUUUAUAGAACUUCCUUAUUCAGAAGACAUGAGAGAAUUUGUUUUUCCACCAGUCAUUUCAGACAUCAAUAAACCAACAAAGGAGCAGCUGGAUUCCGUAGAUGCUCUGAUAGACAACAUGGAUCUACGUACUGUCAGGAAUGAAUAUAAUGAAAUCUCUGAGGCAUUUAUGUCAAAAAGCAUGCUGAAUCCUUUCCAUCAACAUGUGUACCACAGUCUUGCACAUAGAGCAAUGAAUCCAAAUGCAGAAAUACCACCUGCCAGUGAUUAUGUGAUGAAUCUGUUGAAGUCGCCAUAUGAAACCAAGCCUUCAUAUAAGUUGGCUGUGGAAGAGAUAAAAAAGCAGUUCCAGUUAACUGAAGUCAAACCAAAGAUGAAUCACAAAUCAGCAGCUGAAGUUUUCAAGAAAGGUCCAAAAGAUGAACCUGAGGAAGGACCAUCCAAUGUUGAUUUAAAAGAUGUGACCAUGGCAUCUCUUGUUGAGGCUACAGUAGUAGAAGUGGGAACGGUGAAACCAGUCCAGGACUUUGAGGACCUUCUAGGGAGGGGAGAAGAUUUCAACAAGGUGUGCAGACAAAUGCAGAAGGUAAUCCUUAAUCUAGUAAUUCACUCCUUUGGUGUCAACAACUUUGUUAAAGCUGAAACAGCCCUCCGGGUGCUAAGGACUGCCUGUGUCACCAAGGAUCCUUCAGUAUACAGUGACUGGGUUGUACAGUUCAGGGAUAACCUCUUUGAAAGGGGCAGAAAGGUGUUCUGGGACACCAUAGUUGAAGCCAAGCUUGGUCUCAUCUCCUCAGAAGAAAGCGCCAAGAGUUCAGUUACUGAUGAUGAUGCUAGGAAGUUCCUACAGUAUGAAGAACCUAUAGAACAGGAAGUAGCUGAAGAAGAUGUUAUGGAUGUAGAUGAUUUGUUGAAUCAAAUGUGAAGCAAGAAGCCAGUCUUUCCACUCUGAUGAAGUGCACUUUGAGUGUCCAAGCAACAGUUUGUAAUUAUACAUUUAAAUAAUAUAUGCAGUUCAGAAUUGUUGAAAUAUUGUCCAUAUUUUGUAAAAAUAAAAUAAAAAUAUUCUAAAUAAAAUUAAUUAAUGAAUGUUCAUACAUUA